AUGGGUGAGCCUGAGCCAGCGCCCGCUCCGGAGCAGGCCGACGCGGGCUGGGGAGACCGCAUUCCUUUGGAGGUCCUGGUGAAAAUUUUCGGGCUGCUGGUGGCAACCGACGGGCCCAUGCCGUUCCUCGGCAGGGCUGCGCGUGUAUGCCGCCACUGGCACGAUGCCGCCUCCCAGCCCACUCUCUGGCACACCGUGACUCUGUCUUCCCCGCUGGCUGGCCGUGCUGUCAAGGGCAAUGUCCGGGUGGAGAAAAAGCUUCUUGCUUCCCUGGAGUGGCUCAUGCCCAAUCGGUUCUCACAGCUUCAGAGGCUGACCCUCAUCCACUGGAAGUCUCAGGUACACCCUGUGUUGAAGCUGGUUAGCGAGUCCUGUCCUCGGCUCACCUUCCUCAAGCUUUCAGACUGCCACGGCGUAACUGCUGACACUCUGGUCAUGCUAGCUAAAGCCUGUGGCCAGCUCCACAGCCUGAACCUACAGCACUCCAUGGUGGAGUCCACAGCUGUGGUAAGCUUUCUGGAGGAGGCAGGGUCCCGAAUGCGCAAGCUAUGGCUGACUUACAGCUCCCAGACAACAGCCAUCUUGGGUGCACUGCUGAGCAGCUGCUGCCCUCAGCUGCAGGUCCUGGAUGUGAGCAGCGGCAUCAACCACAACAGCACUCCCCUGCAGCUGCCUGUUGAGGCUCUGCAGAAAGGCUGCCCCCGGCUGCAGGUGCUGCGGCUGCUGAAUCUCAUGUGGCUGCCCAAGCCUUCUGGGAGAGGGGUAGCCCUGGGACCAGGCUUCCCCAGCCUUGAGGAGCUCUGUCUGGCCAGCUCCACCGGCAGCUUUGUGAGCAACGAGGUUUUGGGUCGCUUGCUGCAUAGCUCCCCCAACCUACGCUUGCUGGAUCUUCGUGGCUGUACCCGUAUCACACCUGCUGGCCUGCAUGAUCUGCCAUGUCAAGAGCUGGAGCAGCUGCACCUGGGCUUGUAUGGCGUAUCUGACCGGCUGACACUAGUCAAGGAGGGCAGCUCCUUGUUGACCCAGAAGUGGUACCACACCCUGCGGGAACUGGACUUGAGUGGCCAGGGCUUCAGUGAGAAGGAUCUGGAGCAGGCACUGGCUGCCUUCUCAGGCACCCCUGUGGGCUCACAUCCAGCCCUGUGCUCCCUCAACCUCAGGGCUACCCGGGUCACACCAAACACAGUCAGCGCUCUGAUCAGUAGCUGCCCUGGCCUGCUGUACCUCAACCUGGAAUCCUGCCGCUGCCUCCCCAGGGGCCUGAAGCGAGCCUACCGGGGUGUGGAGGAAGUCCAGCGGUGUCUGGAGCAGCUGCUCACCAGCCAUGCUUCCCCCAGCUAGGUGGCUCCUAACCAAACCUGGCUGCCCUCGCCCUGCAGUCUUUCCUAGUUUGGGAUGUUUGAACAUGUUUGUCUCAAUAAAA